AUGUGUGAGGAAUUACAUCUUGAACGGCUCAAUAACAGGGUAUCUUGGGGUUUUCGAUUGACUGGCGGGCUUGAUUUUGGAACACCAUUAAGUAUCAUAAAGGUAAUAGGUGGAAGUGUAGCAGAGCUUGGUGGAGUGCAAGUUGGUGAUUUGGUUCAAGAAAUAAAUGGGCAACAGACAAAGAAUUUUACACAUACAGAUGCUCAAAAUUGCAUCGCUAAGGCACAAAAUCACUUGAGGCUAUUAGUAUUGAGAGGAAGUUUGGUAACACCUCCUUUGACUCCAUUACGAGGAAUGACGCCAGAAAUUGGAUACACAGAAAAUAGUCAUUAUCAGAACUCUAUAAAUAAUGCAGAUUUAAACGAACGAUUAGCAAACUCAACAGGAGAUGGUUUCAAAAAUGCUCCUAUCACGCAACAGAAGAUAGGGAGUACUGCUACAAUGUCAAAACCUAAAUACAGUGUUAAUGAGAAAGGACAGCUUCUUGCUGGGGAUAGGAUCUUAUCUGAUGUUGAAAUAGCUGAGCUUAUAACAAGCAAUGAAGAAGUUCUUGAUGAAGGAGUCUUAGGGAUUAAUUUUAAAAAAUUUCUUCCACAAGUUGACUUCAUUAGAAAAUCUGAAGUUUUUAAGCUUUUACAAAAUGAAAACACGAAGAAAGAGAUACCAGAACAUAUUCAGCUGAAAAAAGAUCCAAAUAAGCGAUUUUCAACAUUCCUACAGAAACCAAGUAUUCCAAAAGAAUCACCAGGGGGUCCGAAGUUUCUUCAUUUUAAGCCACCGAGAUUUUUACCAAAACAACCAGAAAAAAAGUUUGAAUGGCCAGUCCUGAAGCCUUGGCAAAGACCUAAAAAGCCAACUCCAGAGCCACCCGUACAUUCAGUUUUAUGGCUUUUCCUUGAAGAAAAAGGUGAAGAAAUUAUUGGAGGAAGAUGGGGUUCAGAUGCUGAAGAGAGAGAAAAUUUGAGCAGAAACUCUUUUGUUGAAUUCGAUAGAGACUCGAUGUGCAGUAGUAUGAAGCUUCAUGAUGAGGACUCUGCUUCAGUUACAAGCAAGGAAUUCGGACGAGAAAGCCAGAUGUCAAGGAUUGAUGAAUCAUUAAAUGAAACCGAAGAAGCAUUAAAUGGUACCGCUACAGCUCAAGCUGAAUCUGAUAUACAUGAAGAUCAAAGUAAAUUACAAUAUUCAUGGUACAUUGAACAACAAGAAGGAGAUAUCUCAGAAAUCAGGGAAUCCAUGAUGGAAGCUAACAAAGAAAUCACAGAUAUUAAAAAAACCAUUACUGAUGAAAGGGAUGAUAUUUACGAUGACAGAGAAGAAAUGCAAUUUGAAGAGGGAUACUAUGCCGAGGACAUAGAACAGAAAGUUACUGCAGAUCAAGCCUACAAUAAGAAUGUGGUUAACAACGAUUUGCUCAGUCAACUUUACCAGAUUCAAUACCAAAUUGAGGCAUUGGAAAAUGAAGUAACAAAUGAUGUUCAAACACAGUUACAUGCAGUUAAGGAACAGAUAUCAAAAAUAGUUGAUGCUAAGGCAUCACAUAGUAAAACAUACCAGGUUGAAGAAGAACAGUUUGAAGCCCAAUUUAAAGGAAAUUUGAAAACAGGAGAAAAAACAAUGCAUUAUGAGACACUAAAUGCACCUAAUGGCAAAGAAAUACGUGGAGUGGUAGGAAAUAAAGAAAUUAUAUCUCGGAAUAGUGCUAUUCAUGAGGAAUCCAGUAGAACAGUUCAGGAAAAUGUUAAAUCAGAUGUGGUUUCAUCUGAAUCUGUUAAUAAAAAAGGCAAUAUCACAGAAACAGUUGAAGAAACUAUAGAAACCUUUGAAGCUGAGAUAAGCGAGCACCAAGAGUAUGAGACUACUCAAGUAGAAAUUGAAGGUUUUAAGGGUUAUCAAUAUGAAAUUAUGGAAGCUCCAGAUCCUGAUGUGGAAGUAAUAACUAUACCGAUUAAGAAAAAAAUUUUGCCUAUAACACCACAACGGCGCCCAAUAGUUCUUCCAGGAGGAAGAAUGUGGAGGAAUCCUAAAGAUGCAGAACAUGAAGAAUUCUAUCAGGGAAUUUUAGUCGCACAGGCUGAUGUUCUUGUUGGUUCAACUGAAAAUGUGAACUACACAAAGUACAUGCCUCCAAAAAUUGAUAUGUCAACCUCUGAAGUAUACCGUUUGAUCCAUGAAGCUGAAGAUCCAAUUAAAAAGAAAAAUGAAGAACAGAUUCUCAAAGAGAAGAACUAUUGUGAACCUAUUAGUAAACGUCAUUUCUAUGCAGCAACUUUAAAAGAACCAGAUCCGAUAGGAGUAGUUGAACUCUCUGAUUUAUGA